AUGAAUAUAGACGGGGCGUAUGGCAUGAGAAGUGCUUUGAAUUCAUCCCGACUUAUAGAAGAGCCAAAGUAUGAUAUGAAUACAGCCGAUUUAGCACACACUAGCAAGAACACAAACUACUUAAUGAAUGGAGGAGCAGUAUUAACGAAUGCUUAUAAUAAUGAUUUUAUUAUUAAUAGAGAAAACUAUCCGGUCGAUAUGAUGUCAAAAUUUAAUUUAGACCAAACUUUAAAUAGUUAUAACAAUACAAUGCCAAUGAAUAGCGUAAUACAUGCUGACCCGAAUGAUUCUAUAAGUAUGCAAGGAAUGAAAACAAAUUUAGAUACUACAGGAUUUGACAGUUAUAGAAAUUUAAUGAAUUAUAACAAUACACAAAAUACCAUUCAAGCUAAUCAUAUUCCUAUUAAUUUAGAAGAAUAUAACAAUAAUGAUGUUAUGUAUAUGAAUCCAAAUAUGGGAGAAAAUUUUUCUGCUGAAUAUGUGAACAGUUUACCAACUAUAGAUUCAGAUGCCAUGUUAUAUACAAAUAAUUUUAAAAUUCCAAACGGAAAUUUUAACACAGCGAUGCAUAAUAACAGUAAUAAUAAUACAAAAAACAACUAUAACAGUCUACCAUACUCUAUGCCCAUAUUUGAAAAUAUGAAUAAUCCUCAAAUGUACAUGCAACAUUUGAAUCAAAAGCAAACUAUGAAUGCUCCUUCACCAAAAAUAGAACACACUUGUAGUAUUAGAAAAUUACCAGCUGCGAAUAAAAGAAGAAUUAAGCCAAAAAAAUUUUUCCCCUGCUGUUAA